AGUAGUGAUAAUAUGUCAACUCUAGUGUUUACACGUUUAUAAUUGCUGAAGUUAUUAUAAGCCAACCGUUUUUUGUCUGACUAUGGCAGACUUUUUCGUGGAGAAGCCAGACGAGGAUUUGAAGAGAUCAUCUAAUAAUGCAGGAGGUGAUGCUCAGGAAGGUCCGAAACACGGCUUACCAAAGAAAUUCAAGCACUUAUGGGAUUUGUUGACGUGGCCCUCAAGGUCGUAUAGAAGGUUUGAAUGGUGGUGCAUCUCAAAGUUCCUUAGCACAAAAGAUAUCAAACGAGACCGAGUGACCCUGAAACUCCACGAGAAGUACAAGGAGCAUCCUCAGCUGCAGCUGUUGUAUUACUUUAGAGAUUUGGCUUUAACUACUAAAGUAGAGGAGACAGUAAAAGCCAACUUGUCAAUGAUAAAGAAGAUGAUCCAGGAUGGAGCUGACAUACAUGCCUGUGAUGACCAGGGACAGAAUAUCAUGCACGAAGUAGCUCGCUAUCACGAUGCUGAAAUUUGUUAUUUUUUUCUCAAACACAACGUUAAUCUUAAUUUAGAAAGUGACUAUAGUGUGACCCCACUGCACGUAGCAGCUGCCUUCAACAACUCUGCUGUUGUAGAGAUCUUGGCAAGUAAUGGAGGUUUACUGGAGUCCACUAACUUUUACAUGCUCCAGACCGCUCUACAUUACGCUGCUCGGUAUAAUUCUCCUAGCUCGGUGAAGAAGCUAGUCGAGAUGGGCUCUGAUAUUGAAGCCAGGGACUACAGAGGACGAACGCCCCUGUUACUGGCUGCAGAACUGGGCAGGAUGAGUGCAGGUGCCAUGUUGUUGGAAUGUGGAGCUAAGGUUUAUGCCAUCGACUUUACUGGAAUGUACGGAAUCAGUGCUAUGGUGGACAAAUGCCCUCCGCUUGCAAUCAAGGCUUUGGAUCAGUGUGUUGAGAAGGAUUUGAGGAACAGGAAACAGUACUACUCCCUCCAGUUUCUAGAACCAGUCACUCUCUGCAAUGACUCUUGUGCCAAGACCACGUUUACUGUGCUGGAAGAAACCGUCAGAGCAGGAAGCUCUAACCUGGAGAUCGUAAAACACGAGAUGAUACAGAAAAUCAUAGACGUUAAGUGGAGGCAGUUUGGAAGAAGAGGAUACAUCAAAGAACUGGCUGCAUACGUCAUUGUGCUGAUAAAUUGGAGUUUGCUUUGUCUUUUCAACCCCAUUCGGCUCGAGGAUGAUGAUGGUCACAAUGAUAAAGGAAUACAAUACGUUGAGAUUGCUAACGAAAUUCUGACAGUAAUGUUCUUUUUCUACCAGGCAUUCGAUGAAGCAAGAGAAAUGAGAACAAACAUGAGGAGACACAAAAACUUUGUGAUGCAGCGGUUGAAGCAACUUGAAAUGGAGUUUAAGUAUCUCGAGCUACUGUCAGAAGAGGAAAAAGAAUAUUUGCACAAUGAACAAGAGCUUGUCCGCAAAUCUGCGAGUUUGUACACGUCUGACUACUGGAACAUAUUUGAUUGGUUCUCAAUUUUUCUCAUGCUGAUAACACUGGUGGUACAUUUCCUUAUCAAGUACGCGUUCCCGCAGUAUACGGUAAAUAGAGGUAUCCUCCUCUCGAUUACCCUCGUUAUUGUUUGGUUAAAGAUGUUCAAAUACUGCAGAGUCUUGGAGACACUGGGUCCAUUUUGCGUUAUCAUCGCAUCUCUCCCGAUGGAUUUCAUAAAGAUUGCUACGGUUUACAUCAUUCUGUACAUACCCAUGGUGUGCUUGUUCUAUCAUUUCUUCUCCGGACCGUAUAAUGAAGAUUUAUUAUUAAAUGAAGAUUUUGAUGAAUCUUUAUACGGGGAUCUUCCACAAGUAUUCUUCACGGUGUUUGUGUACACGCUUGUGGGAGAUUACGGGUACGAAACCCUAAAGCAAAUAACCUACAAGAGACUGCAACCAGAGUACUUUCCAUUCACGCAGAUCAUCAUUGCUUACUGGAUUUUAGUUUCUGCUGUGCUGCUCCUCAACAUCUUCAUUGCUCUUAUGUCAGAUACAUUUGCAAGAGUUUACGAAAAUGCACUGGUAGUUUCGCAGUUUGAACGAGCAGCUAUGAUAGUGAGCAUAGAAAACAAGCUUCCUAGCUACUGGAGGAAACAUCACCUAAUAGAUAUUUCUUACAACUACGCGCCUGCAGCAGCGUUUUAUGAUGACGACGAUGUGCGAGAUGAUGACAGCUUUGAGGAUGAGGUAAAAGCAGCCCGCGACACACUAACAUCCAUAGUGACAAAGCAACAAGCGAACACAGAAGCUAACCUAGUGAAAUACGUAAAGCAGAAAAUGCAAAUCCAGCAGGAGCUGAUCACUGCUAUUUUAGAGAAAGUUGAGAGUCAGAGCGUAAGGUAGAGGGCGCUGAGCUGUGGGGCUAGCUGAUCAGAUUGUGAUUUUAAUAGGUCAAAGAAGGGAAAAUCAACCAAAGCUAAAGCAGGUAGACCCGCUUCUAAAGCCAAGAAGGGCUCUUCAAAGGAGGCAACAAAAGCAAAAGCAGGUAGUCCAGCCUCCGAAACAUUGGGCUCUCCCUCUGAGGCAGCGAGCUCGGAUUCUGAUCUUAGCAGGGACAGCAUCCCAGCUAAAAGUAAAGAAAAAUCAAAAAAGGAUGACUCGUGCAAGUCCCAAUAAUCAAUCAAAAGGACCAUGGAAUUAAUGUAUAGUUGUGGUGUUUAGUUUUGGUUUAUAUUUAUUAUUUUUGGUUUUACUUUUACUGCAUGGUCGCCUUUCAUUGGGGCUGAGUUUGCGAUUUCGAAGUUAUUCGUGGGGCCACUUGUCACUUGUGGUCAAGUUUUUGGUCGUCUUAUACAAGACUUUCUUUUAUCUUUUUAUCGCAGUAAUUUGGGUAUGUGCAGAUUUGAUUGAUUUCUAGUAGUAUGACUAUGUCUUCUAUCACACAGCUCGUGCACAAUGGAUUUAAGGCGGAAAUAGGGUGAUUUGAAAAGGUUAUUCCUGUCCGACAGCGACAUCUGUCCGACUCAGGGUACCAGAAAAAAUUGUGACCUGAUUUGAUCUAAACUGUUACUUGCUAAUUUGUAUACGUAACAUUUCCAAUUUGAGAUAUGAUCUGAGCCAUAGAUUACUACCAUAGUUUAUUUUCAUUUGAUGUCGAUAAAUUGGACAAUAGUUUAAAUGUUAUAUAAAUGUUAUAUAAAUCAAUUC